CUUCUUGCUAGCUUAGUUAUUUCCAACAUCAUAUGUUUAUCAAAAGUUUACUAUCGAUACACAGCAAUUAUUUUUAAAAAGAUGAAGAGCUACCGUUAGUUCUUGCUUAUGAUCAUGUGGGCUCAAAUACUCAUAGCUCUCUCAAAUGUGCAAAUUUGUUCAGGCUGCAUCUUGGAAGAAAAGAAGGCCCUCUUGGAUUUCAAAUCUUCCAUGAAUGAGACCAAAUAUCCUCAUCUUCUUCUUCCGUCUUGGAUUGAUCAGCAUGGAGUCGGUGAUUGUUGCAAAUGGGAAGGGGUGAUAUGUAGUAACACUACUCGGCGAAUUGCUGAACUCCAUCUUUCCUUUCUUGAAGAACAUAUUCAUAAUUUGCACUAUGAUUAUGAGUAUAAAUGGUUUCUAAACCUCAGCAGUUUCCUCCCUCUCAACAACCUCCAAGUUUUGGACUUGAGUUACAAUAACUUUGCCAAAAAUAGAUUUGAUUGCGAAGGAUUGGCUAAUUUAGAAAAUCUCGAAUCCUUGGAAUUGUGCUGGAAUUGCCUAGGCAACGGAAUACUUCAAUGUGUAAAGGGAAUUUCUUCCCUUAAAAGAUUGGACCUUGCAAGAAAUGGAUUAGUGGGUCCGUUUCCUUCAGAAGGUACGUCGUUCCCACGUUCCCCUCUUUUUUUUUUUUUAAAUGGUACCUGGUAUUAAUUUGAAGUGUCUAUACUAUUACAACAAAUUACAUUAUACGCUAUAUUAUGUAAAUCACUCGCAUCACUAUGACUUACCUUAACUAUUUCACAAAACUCAAUAGACAGACAUAACCACAGUUAACAGACGCACAAUUUCUUGUGCUUCCACCGGGAUUGGGUUUUGAUUUAGGUCUGUUGCAAGGAGUUGACAACCAGUGUAAAUACGAAUGCGUUCCCCUCUCUAAUAAGCUUAGAAAUUGGUAAUCGUUUCUGUACAUUAACAACCACAAGACAUAUUCAGAGAUUUUCAUACUUAUAUAAUUAACUCUAGAACUUCUAUCAGUUCUUCCCCCCCUGAUAUUCCCUAUGCAGAAAUUAGUGGCAUGAAGAAACUGGAGCAUCUGUUCUUAGGUGUCAACCGAUUAUCGGGUUCACUCAUGUCCUCUAAAGGAGGAGUUUGUAACAAGAGAAUCUUGUUGAACUUCACAUGGGAUAUAAUUUUUUUAGUGGGAAUAUCCCGCCAUGUCUCAGCAACUUAACGUCUCUUAAGGUUCUGCAUCUCGCAUUCAAUAACUUAAGUGGGAGGAUACCCCCUUCUGUGAUCACUAGUCUUGUAAACCUUGAAUCCCUCUAACUUUUUCUCAAUCCGUUUGAGGGUUCACUUCCAUUGAGUCCUUUUUCCAAUCAUUCAAAGCUUCAGAAACUUACACUUGGACCUUCAGUUAGUGGGUUGCAUGUAGAUUUUGGAAGUUUGGCUCUACCACCUCCUUUUCAACUAACGCAUCUUGUCUUGCCCGGAUGCAACUUGAACAAUGAGAUUCUUAAAUUUCUGUUCUAUCAGAAAGAACUUAGAGGAGUUUAUCUUUCUCAUCACAAUAAUAUGGUCGGAGAGUUUCCAAUUUGGCUGCUAGAAAACAACCCCCGCUUAGAAAUUGUUUCAUUGAAGAACAACUCAUUUACAGGCAAAUUUCUCUCAAACAUCACACAAAGACUUCAACAUCUCGAGGUGUUAGACAUCUCAAAUAAUGAGUUUGUUGGUCAAGUACCUUGGAAUAUGGGUUUGUUCUUCCCAAAUCUGAAGUUCUUGAAUUUGUCAAGAAACUAUUUUCAUGGAAGCAUACCUGAAUCUCUAGGUUACUUGGAAGUGGCAGAUACUAUUGAUCUGUCACACAAUAAUUUUUCCGGAGAAGUGCCAGAUCUUAUUGGGAUCGGUUGUACCUCCCUUUCUCAUUUGUAUUUGUCCAAUAAUAACCUGCGAGGCAAUUUCCCCUCGAGUUCAGCAAACUUAACUCGUUUGCAAGUUCUUUGCUUGGAUUACAACAAAUUUUCUGGAAGCAUUUCACAUCAGUUAUCUCAGAACUUUGAUCUAAGAUACUUGGAUUUAUCAAGAAAUGAAUUCCAAAGACAAAUUCCGAGUUGGAUGGGAAACUUGUCAUCAUUGCAGAUUCUUGACCUAUCACAAAACAAGCUUGAAGGAAGCAUACCGAACGAUAUAUGCAAGCUAAGUUCUCUUAACUUCUUAGACCUCUCGGCAAAUCAGUUAAAUGGAUCUAUACCUUCAUGCACAAGUCUUUACAAAUUGAGGUUCAUUCACUUGCAAGGAAACCAAAUUACGGGGUUAAUACCAAGUUCCAUUUUAAGAACUUCAUUUGAUCUAAGGGCUAUCGAUUUCAGGCAUAACUAUUUGUCUGGUGGUGUUCCACGUGAUAUUAUGGCACUUUCACAGCUUAAGGUUCUCCUCUUGGGGGUAACAACUUUCAAGGCCAAAAGUCCUACGUGCAUAUGUCAACUGAAGGAACUAACUAUUAUGGAUCUUUCUCAUAAUACUUUUUCAGGUCAAAUUCCUUCAUGCCUAAAUAAUCUCUCUUUUGGAAUACGUUUUGAGUACCCAAAUCUGUAGGAUGCAGAACUAAACAGAAAUCAAUGGUACCACGAAGAUAGCGAAAAACCCGUUUGAGAGCCUGAAAAUGAGAAGUGCGAGGCUGAUGCAUAAACUGACAAAGCUUAUUAACCGCAAAGGAGAUAUCUGGACGAGUGAGAGUGGUAUACUGCAGACUGCCACACAACCGACGAUAAGUAGUCGCAUCAUCAGGAGACAACAGAGUACCAUCCAAACGGGAUAACACAACAUUAGCCUGCAAAGGAGUGGAAACAGGUUUGCAAGUAUGCAUAUUUGCAAGUCGUAGCAAAUCAGUGACAUACUUGCGCUGAGAGAGAAGCAAACCUUUGGAAGUACGACGAACCUCAACCCCAAGAAAGUAACUCAAUGGACCUAAAUCCCGAAGAGAAAACUCCUUAGCAAGACAAGAGAUAAAAUGCUGAACCAAACCAGAAGUGCUGCCUGUAAGAAUAAUGUCAUCCACAUAGACCAGUAAAAAACACAACUGCGACCCACGGUGAUAGACAAAAAGAGACGAAUCACAACGAGACUCCACAAAACCCAAGGUAAGUAGAAAUGCUGCCAGCCGAGAAUACCAGGCCCGAGGAGCUUGCUUAAGACCAUACAAGGACUUAUGCAGUUUACACACAUAAUGAGGGCGCACCGGAUCAACAAACCCCUGUGGCUGAACCAUAUACACGGUCUCACUGAGAACACCAUUAAGAAAGGCAUUACUGACAUCAAGCUGAGAAAUCGACCAUCCACGUGCCAGGGCAACAGUCAAAACGGAACGAAUGGUGACCGGCUUAACAACUGGACUAAAAGUGUCAGUGUAAUCAACCCCAAAAGACUGAGUAAAACCUCGAGCCACCAACCGAGCCUUAUACCGCUCAAUAGAGCCAUCAGCAUGAGUUUUAAUCUUAUAGAGCCAUCGAUUACCGACAACAUUGCCGGAGGAAGGAGGGGAACUAAAGUCCAUGUGUUAUUUUUGAGGAGGCGGAAAUUUCAUCCUUCAUGGCAUUCGCCACCGAGGAAGAGAUUUGGCUUGGGUGAAGGAUGUAGGAGCAGAGACAAGGUGGGGAAACAGAGGUAAGAUGAGCCGAGGAUCAAAAAUUUUCUUGGGCUUGGGUUGUGGACGAAGUGUCAUUGAGUCUUGACGGGAAGAAGGAGGAGGAGGUGGCGGCGGAGGACUGCAAUCGAUGAUGAAGGGCUGGAUGCGGGAGAUCUAGCUAAAGGUGAUGAGUCGGGAGGGAUAGGAGGAGACGAAAGAACCGGUGUACUAGAAGGAGACGAAGAAGACGCAGAAGACGACGCAAGUAUACCAGAGAAUCGGUUACACGCAACCAAGGGGUAGCGAAGACUCCAGCAGUGAAGAAGGAGAACUAGAAAUAGGAAGUUUAAAGGGAAAGAGUUUCUCAUCAAACUCAACGUGACGAGCAACAUAAAGACGGUUAUUCACCACAUCAAAACAAUGAUAACCAAGAUGAGAUGGAGAAUACCCAAGAAAGACACACUGAGUAGAACGAAAGGAGAAUUUAUGUUUAUUAUAAGGGCGAAGAAGAGGAUAGACAGCGCAACCAAAGACACGAAGAAAGGUAUAAUCAGGUGGCUGGUGAUAUAGUGUAGUGAAGGGGAGGUGACCUUGAAGAGGUUUACUAGGGUGGCGAUUAAUCAAAAACACAGCAGUUUCAAAAGCAAACUCCCAAAACCGAAAAGGGGUACUGGAAUGGCCAAGGAGAGCAAGUCCAAUGUCGACAAUGUGACGAAUUUUGCGUUCAGCAGUGUCAUUCUGCUCAUGAGUGUGUGGGCACGCUAAACGAUGAACAAUACCAACAUCCUUAAAGAAAGAAUUGAGAGAACGAAAUUCACCACCCCAAUCGGAGUUAACACUUUUAAUGGUAGUGCCAAAUUGGUUUUGUACGAGAGCUUUGAAUUGCUUGAAAACAUGGACAACAUCACUUUUAUACUUAAUUGGAUAAAUCCAUGUGAAUAAAGAGAAGUCAUCAAUAAAAAGCACAAAGUAGCGAUAACCAUUGAAUGACAAAAUAGGAGCAGGACCCCAAACAUCAGUGUGAAUUAAAUCAAGAGGUUUAGAGCUACGAUGAAAUGUAGAAGGUAAACUGACCCUAUGUAACUUCCUAAACAACACGCCUCACAUUUAUCGGUGGACGUGGACACGAGGAGUAAGGAAGUUGAAAUUGCCUAACCAAAGUACGAAGAGUGACAUUAUUAGGGUGCCCUAAACGGGCAUGCCACUGACCUAAAGAGACAAGAUAAGCUGCUGGAGACAAGGAACCACGAGCAGGAAGAUCUAAGCGAUAGAGACCCUUAUCGGCCCGACCGUGGAGGAGGAGUUCCUUGGUUGAAAGAUCCUUAACACAACAAGAGUCGAAUAAAAUUCAAAGAAACAGUGAUUAUCACGGUAAACUUUUGAACAGAUAAUGAGGUUUAGUAAGAGAAGGAGCAUGCAAGACACGAUUUAAAUAAAGAGGACGAAAAACGAUGGCAAAACAGUUGACCAACAUGUUGAAUAGGUAAAGCAUCUCCAUUACCAACUAAAAUAUGGUCCGUACCGGUAUAAUCAUUGGAGAUACCGAGAGAGGACAAAUCGGCGUGACAUGAUCGGUAGCACCGGUGUCCGGAUGCCGGGGAGUGACGAAGGUGCAUACUGCGCCAUAUGAGCUUGAGAAGACAUAGUCGCCUCCGGGUAAGACGGAAGAGGCAACAAACCAGUGAAGGCGGUGCGGGGAACUCACUGGCAUAAGCAACCGACCGAACGGCGGGGUCGAGGAACAAAGUUAGUAUCAAACGGCGUCGACAAGUGGCGGCCGUGUGAUUCAAGAUGCCGCAAAGCCGACACGUCUCACCCGGAGCGGGAGGGUGUAACCACGCCGACCACCACCACGACCGAAACUGAUUGCGCCGCCGCCGCGUUGCGAGCGACCGGCACGAGAGGAUUGAGGCGGCGUAGAGAGGGGGCGACCGCACAAGCAUGGCCGUGGGUGAAGGACCGGCUGCUGAGCGUGAAGAAGCACCUCAUAUGAAACUAACUGUCCAAGGAGAUCUUGAUAGGAGGGGGUUCGGAUCGCUGCUGCGAGCUCCGAUGAUGCCAUUGAAUUCGGCACCAAGCUUGCGGAAGAUUAUGGCAUUAAACUCCGCAGAGAUAUGCGAUGGCCGGCAAGCUGCAGUGUAUCGCGAUGCCCUUCGCUUUGGAGAGGAGAGCCGUGACCGACAAGUCACCUUUUGCAAGUCGUGGAGCUCCAUAACAAGUCAGGUCUGCUGAGCAUAAGAAAGAGUGCCGAAACCUGCUGAAGAGCAUCCAUGCAGCCUCCGAUGUUGUGCACCACGGAGAACGGGAAAAAUCUCUUCAGCAACGGAAGAAAGAAUCCAAGAGAGGACCAACUGAUCCUUUUGCUGCCAGAUAUCAAACUCAGGAUUGAGUUGGGGCACGGCACCACUAACGGAAGGAAGAAAACGUGGCGGUGCAGGUUCGGUGCCGUCGACAAUACCGGCAACACGAAACAUAGUCAAUAAAGGAGUAAAUUGAAGACGCCAAGACGAAUAGUUGGCCCGCGAUUGCAGCUUCACAGUAAAGGAAUGAUUGAGAGAUUGCAUACUAGGUUGAAGAAUUGAUACUGAUGCCUGUGAAGAAGAUACCGGUGACCGAAGAUGAGUAGCCUGGUCGGCGGAUGAAAGGUCGGUGAUAGUCAUCGUUGAAAGUAAGCAAGCAAAACAGAAUUCUUUAUGAUGAUUUUUUUGUUUUUUUGUUUUUUGUUUUUUUUUUGAUUUUUUGUUUUUUUUUUUUUUUUUUUU